AUAUGAUGAAUUAUUCCACCCCAGUUAUGACCUCGACGGCGUCCGUCUCAGGACCAUCAUCAUGGACGUCGACGCUCGAAUCCAAGGCGAUGUCGAAUUUGAUGACGGGCCUAGUGACAAACGUUAACGCCUUAAGUGGCAUUGGAAACGAGACGCCAACUACGAUAGGACCAAGCAGCCUGGUCGUCCCUGUAUCAAGAACAACGUAUAACUACCUAACAGUCUAUACAGGGUUUCUGACCAUCUUCGGUAUACUCAACAACGGUAUUGUGAUGAUUCUCUUCGCUCGAUUCCCUUCGUUACGUCAUCCCAUCAACAGCUUCCUGUUCAAUGUCAGUCUCAGUGACCUCAUCAUAUCAUGCCUGGCUUCACCCUUCACCUUCGCAUCCAACUUCGCAGGCCGAUGGCUGUUUGGAGAUCUAGGAUGUACCUUAUAUGCCUUCUUAGUGUUUGUUGCUGGCACUGAGCAGAUUGUGAUCUUAGCUGCUCUCUCAAUACAACGAUGUAUGUUGGUAGUGCGACCAUUCACGGCCCAGAAGAUGACACAUCGGUGGGCUUUAUUCUUCAUCUCUCUGACAUGGAUAUACUCUCUUAUCAUCUGUGUACCUCCUCUCUUCGGGUGGAAUCGUUACACUUAUGAGGGUCCAGGGACAGCGUGUUCUGUAGCUUGGAACUCCCCUUCCCCUGGCGAUACCAGUUACAUCAUCUUCAUCUUCGUAUUGGUUCUCGUCAUCCCUUUCGGCAUCAUCAUCUUUUGUUAUGGACUCCUUGUCUACGCAGUCAAAAAAAUAUCGCGGACCCAGGCUGCCCUGUCAUCAGAAGCUAAAGCAGAUCGUAAAGUUAGCAAGAUGAUCUUCAUCAUGAUUCUGUUUUUCCUCAUCGCAUGGACGCCUUACACGGGUUUCUCCCUCUACGUCACCUUCGGGAAGAAUGUGGUGAUUACUCCUCUAGCCGGCACCUUCCCACCAUUCUUCGCCAAACUAUGUACUAUACACAAUCCUAUCAUCUACUUUCUUCUUAAUAAACAGUUUAAGGACGCUCUCAUACAGCUCUUUUGUUGUGGUGAAAACCCAUUUGACCGUGAUGAAUCGGAACACGAAGGGCGCGGUGGACGACAUCGACAUCGAACUGCACCUUCAGCAACAGCUCACAUUGGUGGACGAGGGCGAGCAUCAAGCCUGCCGACUGCUACAUCCAUGCUUGAUAUCCCACAGGCGGCUUCAACCGCCGCGUCAUCAUCGGGAAAGACACAGAAUAAAGAGAGCCUGGAAAAGGGACCUUCCACAUCGGAGACAACGAACAAAAGAGUGUUUGAACUCUCGUCUAAGAUUCAAAAGUUCGAAAUAUCUGAGAAAAACAAUACUCCGUCAUCCUCGGAACUACCGGGGGCGUCAUCAUUGUCGGGAGCAUUGAUGCCUCCGAGGAGAGCAAUGAAAAACCAAGUCGGUUGCUUACCGCCUGUAGAUAACUGAACUAAGUAAAAACUUAAAAUAAGUGAAAGGUGACCGUUGCCUUCUGUGUUGAACAAUAACAAUGUUGCAACAAACACUAAUAAGCUAGUGCAGGUGGUUCACUGCCUUAUUUAUAACUUCAUUAUGAAUGAAUCACAAACCAUAUCUACGCUUCAUUUUCGCAUGUUGGCAUAUUUGCAGUGUUUCCACUCUUCCUGAAAUUU